AUGUCUCAAACAACCAUCCCUAUGUUCCAAGACUCGGCUGAUCACCUGGCUGGAAACUCUGAACCUCUGUCUCUAGAAGACUAUAAUCGCACUAUGCUGGAGUAUACCCAUCGACAGAUGUCUUCCUUUGUGGAUAUGGAAGGCCACAGUAAUAGCAGCCGAAGUAGCCAAAACAGUGGCAAUAGUGGUUCUUCUAUCAAUGGUGAUAUUCCUCGUCAGGCGAACGGUCCUCCUCCCACGUCCGCGGGAGCUGCCGCUGAGGCAAUGGCACGUCAGGAUGCUCAGAAUUCUCAGAAUUCCGGCCAUAAUGCCAAGUCAACCGGCUUUUAA